AUGUCCGGCCAGAUCAGCAAAAAGCGCAAGUUCGUUGCCGAUGGUGUCUUCCGCGCCGAGUUGAACGAUUUUUUCACUCGCGAACUCUCUGAGGAGGGCUACUCUGGAUGCGAUGUCCGCGUGACCCACGCCCGCACUGAGAUCAUCGUCCGCGCUACCCAUACACAGGAAGUCUUGGGUGAGAAGGGUCGCCGUAUCCGCGAGCUUACUGCCCUGGUGCAGAAGCGCUUCAAGUUCCCUGAGAACUCCCUCGAGUUGUUCGCCGAGAAGGUACAAUACCGUGGUCUGUCCGCCAUUGCCCAAUGUGAGAGUUUGAGGUACAAGCUGCUCGGUGGACUUGCUGUCAGAAGGGCGUGCUAUGGUGUCCUCCGUUUCGUCAUGGAGUCCGGUGCGAAGGGUUGCGAGGUUGUAGUGUCUGGCAAGCUGCGUGCUGCUCGUGCCAAGUCGAUGAAGUUCACCGACGGUUUCAUGAUCCACUCCGGUCAGCCUGCCGUGGAUUUUGUCGACUAUGCUGUACGGCACGUCAUGCUCAGGCAAGGUGUCCUUGGUAUCAAGGUCAAAAUCAUGAAGGGCUGGGAUCCUGAGGGUCAACUUGGUCCUCGCAAGCCUCUGCCUGACUCUGUCCAGAUCCUUGAACCGCCAAUCGACAAGAUCGUCGCGGAGCCUACGUCUGAGCAGCGCGAGCCUGCUAUCAUCGCGCAGCCGGCACCGCCUGCCGACGCCCCUGCGCAGUACCAGGCUGAGGAACCUUUCCAGUAUGAGCAGCCGGCUGCGUUCUGA